AUGACAUUAAACUCCUUCACCAGCACAGAGAGGGAAGGACAUCACACUCAUUGCACAGACUUUCAGAAGCGGAACAAUUGUAUCAUGAUGAAGACUGGUCUGCAUUUGGUGCUUUUGCCAGCUCUGAUACAGGUGGCACUCUCUCUGCCUCAUAUGUUUUACUAUAUUUCUGUGCCAAUGAGGUGGACAGAUGCACAGAAAUACUGCAGACAACAUUACGUUGAUCUGGCCACUAUUGAUGACAAGACAGAUGUUGAUGAUUUGGUAAAGGCUAUACCCAAAGACUUUCAAGACAGUCGUAUAUGGACUGGACUCCAUAAGACAAGCCAAACUGCUCCAUGGAUCUGGUCCGACCAGAGCAACUCCAUGUGUACAUCGUGGGAAUCUGGACAGCCAAACAAUUAUGGUGGCAAUCAAUUAUGUGUGGCAACAUCUCCUGCUGGAUUGUGGAAUGAUUUGGAUUGUGGGACUAAAUUAACUUCUAUGUGUUACAGCGAGAGGAGCAGGAUGCAAUUUGUGAGAGUUGAGGUGAAAUCAAGUCAAAAUGUAAGAGAUCCAGGAGUGAAGACUGAGAUAUUAGAGAAGAUACAGCAGAUACUGAAGGAGAAUGGUUUGCCAGAAAAUGUCAAACUGACAUGGAGAAACGAAUCAGAUGGAAAUAUCUUUCAAAAGAAGUAUCAGAAGAAGGAUACCCCUGAGGAGACUUGCCUAUCCAUAACCAAUAAAUAAAACUGAACAGGCUGUUGAAUAAUAGCAAACAGUAGUAUAGUAAUUAUUCAACAUGUGUGCUUUGACAUUCUCUCCCAUUUUAGCGAAUGUGCUUGUGAUACUGCAGAAAUACUCUGAACACUUUCUUGAAGUUUAUCACUUGUCCCACAGCCUGCGGCGUGCUGUAGCGCAAUUUAAUAUAUGUUUGAUGUAAUGAAAAUGUACUAAAGCA